AUGAUCGGCGGCGUGAUGAUCAUGGGCGACCGCGGCACUGGCAAGUCGACCACCAUUCGUGCCCUGGCUGAUCUGCUGCCCGAGAUCCGCGUCGUCGACCGGGACCCCUUCAACUCGGACCCCGAGGACCCCGAGCUUAUGUCUGAGGAGGUGCGCACGCGCAUCAAGGCGGGCGAGUCCGUGCCUGUGGGCAGCAUGAAGAUCCCCAUGGUUGACCUGCCCCUGGGCGCCACGGAGGACAGGGUGUGCGGCACCAUCGACAUUGAGAAGGCACUCACGGAGGGUGUCAAGGCGUUCGAGCCCGGGCUGCUGGCCAAGGCCAACCGCGGCAUCCUGUACGUGGAUGAGGUCAACCUGCUGGACGACCACCUGGUCGACGUGCUGCUGGACUCUGCGGCUUCUGGCUGGAACACCGUGGAGCGCGAGGGCAUCUCCAUCAGCCACCCCGCGCGCUUCAUCCUCCGCGAGGGCAUCUCCAUCAGCCACCCCGCGCGCUUCAUCCUCGUGGGGUCGGGCAACCCCGAGGAGGGCGAGCUGCGGCCGCAGCUGCUGGACCGCUUCGGCAUGCACGCGCAGAUCGGCACCGUGAGGGAGCCCGAGCUGCGGGUCCAGAUCGUGGCGGAGCGCAGCACCUUCGACGAGGACCCCGCCACCUUCCGCGGCAAGUACGAGGACAAGCAGAACGCGCUGACCAACAAGAUCGUCGACGCCCGCAAGCGCCUCAAGUCGGUGGACAUCGCGUACGACUUCCGCGUGAAGAUCAGCCAGAUCUGCAGCGAGCUCAACGUGGACGGCAUCCGCGGGGACAUCGUCACCAACAGGGCCUCCAAGGCGAUCGCCGCGUUCGAGGGCCGCAGCGAGGUGGCGCUUGAGGACAUCUACAGGGUCAUCCCCCUGUGCCUGCGCCACCGCCUCCGCAAGGACCCCCUGGCCGACAUCGACAGCGGCGACAAGGUGCGGGAGGUGUUCAAGGCCGUCUUCGGCCUGGAGUGA